CUCCUCCUCCUCCUCCAGCCAGCCCCUGGAGAUGUGAGCUGGGUUCUGGCAGGUAGUGCUGCCCAGAGAGAAGCAGCGAGGGAGACACCAGAAGGAGAGGGAGCCACAGGAGAGGCAGAGGAAGCGAGCGAUCCGGGAAGAGGCAGGGGAGCCCGCUGACCAGCCCCACUGCCUGCCAGGCGCGCAUACCGGACGGACUGACGGACAAAGGACACCGCGGCUGGACUGACCGCCAGACAGCACCCCCACCCCCGUUAGGCGGGUGGGGCGGGAGGCGACAGCAGGGGUGGGGCAGCGGGGCAGGGGCAGAAGGCGGGGUCGGGGGCGGGGGGGUGCUGGAGGGCUAUGGGGCCGCCCUGGGCAGCGGGCGGAUUCGGGGGGCCAGGCGCCUCCCCGCCUCCGCUGUUGCUGCUGCCGCUGUUGCUACCGCUGCUACUGCCGCCCUCCUCGCAGGGCUGGACCUGCGGAGGCCUGACCUGCGGGGACAAAGAGCGGUGCUGCGAUUUUGGCAAUGUCACUUACACGGAAGUCAAAUGCUGCAAACUGCCCUUUCACACCUUUCUGGACAAUGUGGGCUGGUUUGUGAGGAAGCUCUCCGGGCUGCUAAUACUGCUCGUGCUUUUCGCAAUUGGCUACUUUCUACAGCGGAUCAUCUGUCCCAGUCCCCGCAGAUACAAUCGUCGUCAGCCGGGUCAGCUCCAGCACCAGCAGCUGCACCAGCAGCAGCACCAGCAGCUGCACGAGCAGCAGCACCAUCAACUACUCGAGCAGCAGCGCCAUCAACUACACGAGCAGCAGCGCCAUCAACUACACGAGCAGCAGCGCCAUCAACUACUCGAGCAGCAGCACCAUCAACUACACGAGCAGCAGCGCCAUCAACUACUCGAGCAGCAGCACCAUCAACUACGCGAGCAGCAGCCCCAUCAGCUACUCGAGCAGCAGCACCAUCAACUACGCGAGCAGCAGCCCCAUCAGCUACUCGAGCAGCAGCACCAUCAACUACGCGAGCAGCUGCAUCAGCAGCCCCAUCAGCUACGCGAUCAGCUGCAGCAGCAGCCCCAUCAACUACACGAGCUGCCUCACGAACAGCCGCACGAGAGGCAGCACCAGCAGCUGCAGAUGAACCAGCACCAGCAGAUGAACCAGCAGCACCAGCAGCAGCAGCACCAGCAGCUGAACCUGCACCUGCAGCAGCAGCACCAGCAGCUGAACCUGAACCUGCAGCAGCUGCACCAGCAGCUACACCAGCAGCAUCAGCAGUCCCCGUCGAACCUGGCCACUCACGCCCCCGCAGCCUGCGGAAGUCGGCGCCCUCAGUCAAGCGACCGGCCGGCGCUGCUGCACGAAGCAGCCGCCACGUCUCAGGACUCGCUGCUGGACAGCAGCAGCGGCAGCGGCAGCGGCCGCGGGAGCGGGGCCUGGGGUAUAUCCUGCGAGCCCCAGGUUUUGACUGUGAGUUCACCGCUAUUCGUGCAACUACCCAGCUACGAAGAGGUCAAGUAUCUUCCCACAUACGAAGAAUCCCUCCUGCACGAGCCGCCGUCACGCAGUCCCAACGACUUCGUGCUGCCCGUGGCCGUCUUCGAGCAGCCCAGAGGGGGCGACCCGUGCCACUCCCACGAGAGGUACCCCCUCAUCUGAGCUCCCGGACCCAGACCCGGUCACGCUUACCUUCCCGCCCCCGGGUCAAGCCGCGCCUGUGCUGAAGCGCGGAGGGAAGCCAGACACCCCCUCCCUGGACCGGUGCUCUGGAGAGUAAGGGGCGGGGCGGGGGGCGUCCAGAGGCCUCCGCUCUCGUCUCCACCCAACCGCUACAGAUCUAGCGAGGCCAGGUGCCAGACCGGACACCUGGGAGCUGUCCCCCUGCCCCCACAAGGGCUGCUGUUCUAGGAAGGGCAAAGUGCCAGGGCGGGGGGCGUCCGCAAGCUCCAACACCACCUCACAACGGCUACGGAUCUAAGAGGGCCGAGGUGUCAGGGCGAGGGGCGCCCAGAGACCAAGAGCUGUUCCCCCACCCUUCCCCACAAUGAUUACUGCUCUGGGGGAGGAGGGCAAAGGGCCCGGGCAAGGGAGAGGCAGUCAAAGACUCGGGAGCUGCCCCUACCCACAGCCCACCGAGGCUGCUCCCGGGAGCAAUGCGACUGCGGGCUUCCUUUAUCAGCCGCAGCUUUCCUGCUUAGUUUUUCCAGCUCCACCUUACAGAAACACGCAGGACGUGAAAGGACUGGUGACGGGAGCACCCCCAGCCCUUCCCUGAGACCCGAAGUUCCCCCGGAUUUCCUUCUGUCCGGUGGAUCGCUCUUCCACACCAUCGACGAGUCCCAGGACCUCGGAGAGCAGCCCGAGAACGACCCACUUCCCUUAAGCCUUUACUAUUAAUUGUAUUUAUCGUAAGUGCCUGGUUACUAGAGCAUCACAAUGUUAAUUAAAAAGAUCUGCAUCUUC